UUCUCUCCCUUUCCUACACCUUUCCAGACGAUUUACCAUUCCACAUGGAUUCAGUAAUUGGAAUUUUAAAAGACUUGGAACUCCAUCUGAAUGUUACUUCAGACCUGGCUGUUAUGGCGCUUUUCCAGGAGUUGGAAUAUGGUAACAAUGAGCUGUGGCAGCAUUUUCUUGGUCCAGUGAUUUCAGUGCCCUCAAAUGUGUCUUACUUGAAUGAGCAGCAGAGGUCUUUCCUCAAACACCUGAUGAAUCACACAGUUGAUGCUUCUUUGGUAGAGCAUGGGGUGGUCUUAACCCCUGAUGGGACCACAGUUUCCCUUGGACCUCUUAUUGCUGGAAUAGCAGCCGGAUUCAAAAGAAGACAUGACAUGGCUGUUCUUUACACACCUUUGGUCACUGACCCCGCAAAUAGCUCUCGUGUGGAUCCCCUCUUUGCUACUACGAUUGCGGUGGACCUUGGCAUGGCUUUUCUGCUCUUUCACACAGAGCAGAGCCCAGUGGCCCUGGGGCCAAAUGGCUGCUGGGAUAAUAUCUCUGCACCUCACACAUUCACCUUGAUGGGACCUCCUUCCCAUAUUACUGAUGCUUUCAUCAAUGGAGCAAUGGAUGGCCUCAUUCUUGGAACCUUUGUGGCAGAGAAACCUGAGCCACCACCCAACAUCAGUGGCCUGCUGGGUAGCUACUAUGGAGGAGAAGCGCUAGAGAAGGGAAAUCACCAGAUCCGGAGCAAUUUCCGGCGGAAGAACUUUGCAGCCCUGGUGAGCGAGCAAAAACUAAGGGAUCAAGUAGGAAGUUCCAUGCACCUGCUCAGGCAGCUGAAUAAAGACAGUCCCCUCUUUGAAGACAUCACAAGUGAAGAAAUAGUACUUCUUGCAAAACAGGUGGUAGAAGAAUUUAUGGCAUUGUAUGUAGAGUGUCCUGCCAUCAUCCCAAGGUGCAUGUGGGGGGCCCAGCCCUACAGAGGAACACCAACCCAGCUAAAGUUGCCCUUGGACUUUGUAUACAUCCACCAUACUAGCACUCCUUCAGAGCCAUGCAGAACCUUCUCAGCAUGUGCAGCUGACAUGCGCUCCAUGCAGCGAUUCCACCAAGAUGUCCGUGGCUGGGAUGACAUUGGCUACAGGUCAGCAAUGUCCUGAUGCAGCGUCCAUCCA